CAUGGGUCAUUUUAAAAACAACUUCCAUGAUGUGAAUAUGUAUCUUCCUUUUAUUUCAUGCAUAUUAUUAACAGGUUAUUGUUGAUUAAUUUCUUUUUAGAUCUGUUUGUUUGAUCUUAAGUUCUGCAUGAGGGUAUGAACUGUGAGGCUUCACGCCAGCAUAUUUCAUGAAGUGGGUUAUUUUCAAACUGAAAUUUAUUUCUUAAACUAACAUUUUCUUUUCUUUUCUGUCGGACAAUUGUCAACCGUUAAAUAAAAUUGUUAUAUUUAUCAAAAUCCAUUCGCGCAUUGUUCACAAUUACUACGCAUUCAUGAGAAAAUGGCUAUCAUUACAGUUUGUAAGUAUAUCAAAUACAAAAUAAUCGGCAAUGUAAAUAUCUGAAUAUAAGGCCAAAAAAAAUUUAUAAAUAGUUUCUCAGGCAGCGCCGCAUCGGUAAAAUCAUCGCCGCACUGGCUUUUUUUAUAUUAUUAUUUUCCCGGAUUUUUCGUACCUUAUCAUUAUAGGUUUUCUCUUUUAUUGAAAAAAAUAACAAACGCUCAAGUGAUUCGGAAUAAAUAGGGCAUCUCUGUUAUGAAAGAAACGUGUUUUUUUCGCGGGAUCAUGUCUCUGUUAUCUGCACAAAUUGUGAAUGGUACUUCUGUUAUAUUACCUUGGAGCAUAAUUGGGGGAUAUAGUGAAAAUUGUUCGGCAGGAGAAUUUUACGAAGAUCUGAAAUAUGGAAAGUUGGACUUGGCAUUUUUCACUUUCCCAGAAAAGCUGUUAAGUUCUUCGUACACUAUAGAAGUCGGGCGCUCCAAAACGGAUUCAUUUGAUCGUGUCAUGCCUUCACUGCGCUUAUCUGAAGUAGUCUCUGUGUUCGGGCGUUACAUAAGAUUUACCUUACAUCCAAACAAUGAAGAAAGUUGCACGAGUUCUGUUGAUGUCAACAAUAAAGUGAAACCCCGGACAGAUGCAUUUAAAGUUCUAAUGAAUGCAUCUAAACGUCUUACACUUCCGUCUCCAUUAGCCGAAGAUAAUAAAAAACGCAUCGUGUACAAUAAAGUAUUACAUAUAGUAGAGAAAGCUGGGCUAGGAUUCACAACAGAAAGCUUGGAGUCUGGUAAGAACUUUUUGAAUGCUGUGACAAAUAGCCUUUGGUACAUUGAUCCAUUCACUGAUCGUUUCCACAGCAGGUUUUUUUUUCAUCCUCUGUUGUUUGAACACUUGGUUGGUUUCAAUGAUCCAUCUAAAUCAAAGCAUAAAAAGCCAGAAAUGGACAGAUCAAAUUUACUGGCACAUGCUCAACAGCUUGACAUUGUUCUUCAGCAAGCCUGGAUAAAUGGACCAAUGUGGCAUCCGAUUAAAACUGCAGUUAAAGACUUGGCAGAGAUGAUAUACAAAUAUUCAGAUUACUUGAAAAAAUCUUUAGAAAAAACUAAAACAAAUCACUGUCUUACAUUUCCUGUACGCACUUUGGAUGAGAUGCAGUCAUUAAAGUUAAUUCAACCUAAAUAUGUUGUGAGACCCUCCUAUUUUUCACGGUACAAAUCAUUGACAAGCCAUUUGGACACUUUGAAGGAGUUUGAGCCAAUGUGUGUUGAUGAAUAUACCCCAGCUGACACUCGCAACAGAAGAUAUUAUAUUGAGCAUAUUAACCAUGCCAUUUCCCACAAGUGCAUACUUGAUCGUUUUGCAGCUGGUAACAGCCUUGGAACACACAAUUUUUUGUGGAAAAUCCCAGGAAAUCAGACUGAGGAAGACCGAAUAUCAAAAAAUCAAGAGGUGAUUCAGAAAAUUCAGAAAGACAUGCCCUCUUACCACACUAGAGCAAUGCGGCGGGCUUUUAUAGACAGAACAUCCCUGAUAUGCUCCUUGAAGCCAAUGCAUGCAAGAAAUGUGUACAAGUCCCUGACAGGUGACAACAGUGCUGCCUCACAUCUAAAAGAAAAAGAAGUAGAUGAACGAGUUCAACAAGCAUUUGAUCAGCAAGAUCCAGACAUUUUGCAAGACUUGCGUGAGGUCAACAAGGGGCAGCCUUCAAAAUAUGAUAUUUUCUUUGAGAAAACAAAAGAGUAUAUAGAGUCUGUGGUGGAAACCGCAGUGGAUGAUCGGCGACAUGACAGAUUCACACACUUAGCAACAGCAAUGUCAAUUCCAGAUUUGCGCAGACAAGUUGCAUCAACUUGCCCACCUGAUACACCUAUACCAAGUGAGCAGUGGUUGCGAUUUCAGUUUGCCCCUAAGAACGCAACAUCAUACUCUUCAUUACAGUACACAGGAAAAUUAGAUGUGAAAUUCCAAGUUCAAAGUCGUCAGUUAAGAAAAGAGCACAUUGACAUGCACUAUGCAACAGCUGCUUUUCGGUAUUUGAAAGAAUUGGCUGUGAAAUUUCGAGAGUUUACAACAUUUGUGUGUAUGGAUGACAAACAUAAAGUGGGGGAACCAAACCACCCAGUUGCAGCAGUGGACCGUGGUAAAAGAGUCAUAGUUGGCCAGGAGAGGAUUUUUGCAGUGUCUGAUCAUGACUUUACAAAGUUUAGUAUAGUUCCCAGUGUGACAAUGCUUCUUGAUAUACCAAAGUCCAUAUAUGGGUCAUUUUAUAGGGGCCAAGUUUAUGUAGGUGUGAAAGACUUGGUAUUGGAGCCAUCGUCACCAAUUCGACACAUAACUGAAGCAAGUAAAAUCUUGGAACUCGAGCAAGACCAAAAACCUAUACUUCUGAUUUACACAGAUGGAGGCCCUGACCACCGGCUUACCUAUUUAAGUGUCCAGCUUAGCUUGAUUUGCUUGUUUCUGCAUGGAAAAUAUGAUAUGCUGGUAGCUGUGAGAACUCCACCAAUGAAUUCGUGGAAAAACCCUCCUGAGAGGAUAAUGUCAAUCCUCAACUUGUUAAACAGCACGAAAUAUAAGAUUUUUUGAGAGUUUGAAUGGAGAGAAAAAUAACUGCUUAUGUGGUCGAAUACUCCGCAUACAUGUAUGAUGACCAAAUUUUACUUUCACUGCUAAUUUGUUUAGAUAAAUCUAUGCUGUG